AUGGCCCUCGCUCUUUGCCUCUGGCCGCUGCAGCUACUCAAGCUCCACAACGGCCGCGGCAGGGGCGAGCGAACGUCUGAUAUUGGCAGCCAACGAAUUCACAUUGGCGGUCAGAACUCGAUGAAGCUGGAGCUGGCGAUCAGCGAGCUUGGUGAGGUAGCUGACGCACGAGUACAUGCCAAUGGCGGGGAAGGCCAUGCUUCCUCGCCUGGUGGUCUUGCCAUCGCGGCCUAA